CUCUCUCUCUCUCUCUCUCUCUCUCUCUUCUUCUUCUUCUUCUCUCUCUACGAAAGUAACGCCGUUUGAACCGGACCACCAAUCUAUCUUCCCUCAGCAAUUUCACCGUUUUCAGUUUCAGCGCUUUAUUCGUCUUCUUCUGCUCAUUUAACUCUGAUUCUAGGGUUCUGAUUUCUGAUUCCUUCCACAGAACAAGCUUCUUCUUCCUUUUUCUUCAUUUCUCAUCAAUCAUCCCUUUUGAAUUUGAAGUCUAUGACUUCCUCUACUUCUGUGAAGAAGAACUUCUUGCCUCCGGGCCUUGUUUCCAAUCUUGAAGAUGCUCUUCGCAGCAAAAAGGGCGCCGGUGAACAAGGCGAAGAAUCCAAGGAUGUUAUUGCAUCCGCUGAGACUCAAUCUCCUACUUCUGAUGCCAAUCUUGAGGUUUCCGGAACUCAGAAGCCGAUUAUUCUUGUUACUAACAGCGAAGGAAUCGACUCUCCCGGCCUCACUUACCUCAUCGAAGGCCUUGUUCGUCAAGGCUCUUACAACGUCCAUGUUUGCGCUCCGCAAUCGGACAAAUCAGUUUCGAGUCAUUCUGUGACUCUUCGAGAAACCGUUGCUGCGACUUCUGCUCAAAUUGACGGUGCCACAGCCUAUGAAGUUUCGGGAACGCCGGCAGAUUGUGUCUCCUUAGCAUUAUCUGGAGCUCUUUUUUCCUGGUCGAAGCCUCUUCUGGUCAUUAGUGGAAUUAACCGGGGAUCGAGCUGUGGUCAUCACAUGUUUUACUCAGGUGUCGUUGCUGGAGCAAGGGAGGCAUUGAUUUGUGGUGUACCAUCUAUAUCAAUAUCUCUGAAUUGGAAGAAGGAUCAAAGCCAAGAAAGUGAUUUCAAGGACGCUGUUUCAGUCUGUUUGCCUUUGAUAAAUGCAGCUAUCAAUGACAUAGAAAAGGAAAAUUUCCCUAAACGUUGCUCUCUCAACAUUGAAAUACCUACUUCGCCGCUGAGUAACAAGGGAUUUAAAUCAACAAAGCAAAGUGUGUGGAGGUCUACUCUAAACUGGAAUGCUGUUUCGGCCAGCAGGUAUCCUGCAGGACAGUAUAUGUCCAAUCAGCAAAGUCUUGGUCUUCAGCUUGCACAACUUGGUCGAGAUGCCUCUGCUGCUGGAGCAGCUCGCCGCUUGACCACACAACGGCAGAAUAUUGUGGAAAUUGAAUCAACUGGAGCAGUGGAAAAAUCUGGUUCUGAUCGGGUGAAGAAGUUCUUCCGAAUGGAGUUUCUGGAUAAGGAGCAGGAGGACAAGAACGAUGAUCUGGAUUUUAGAGCCCUUGAAAAUGGAUUUGUUGCAAUAACCCCCUUUUCCCUCGCCCCCAACAUUGGUUUGGACAUCCAAACAGCUGCCUCUGAUUGGAUCUCCACUGCACUUCAUCAAGCGCAAUAAAUCAAAUUCCUUUCCGGUAGCAAUGAUUUGUGUACAUCUAAAGUUUGGCUCACUACCCUACAUUUUUUUUUCUUCUUUUGUGGGUUUCGCAUUUCUGUCAAUUGUUUUACCAAUUUAGCCAGUUCAUUCUGAUUACGGCUUUCGUUUCUUCAUUGAUAUUCCCCACCCCCUCGGUCUUGAUAUAUCUUAGUAUCUAAGUUCCCUAUUGAUUACUAGAGUGUAGAACAAGAACUUGCUUGCUGCAAUCUGUUUGGCAUGUUUUAUAAAGUGCCAGUUUGUAAACUGCAAGUAGAAAUAUUGUGGUGGUCAGGUUCGCAAUUAUUGGUUGGUUCUGUUUCAUUUUAA